AUGCCGAGGAGAAAGCAGCAAGCGCCGCGGCGGUCCUCAGCUUAUGGAUCCGACGAGGAAGAGGAGCACUUGCAAGACGACGGUCUCUCUCUCGACGGCCAAGACACAGAGUAUCAGUACAACGAUGAAGAGGAGCGGGAUCAUUUUAGCUGUCAGAACUCUCCCCUCAGCAAUGGCACCAAUCCCGAUGCUGGGUAUGCGUCCCCGCUCAGCAGCACAAGUGACCAUUUGGGAGACCUCAAAUCCACACCCACCUUCCCUGACCAGGAGAAGACAGAGGAGGCUCUUGGCGAAAAGACUGAGCUGGUCAAUGGUUUAUCAAUCCAAGAUAAUCUGGAAAAAAUGAAAGCUGUCUAUGCAAAUCUUAUCUCCGAUGCCUCCUGGUCUAGCAUUGCGCUGGAUAUGCUCAAAAGCAAACAGGGCAAUGGCAAUGCGGGGAAUCACAAAGGAAGUAAUGGGUUCCUGAAUAAUCACAACCAGAACAGUAUCAAUGUGAAGAGUAAGUGUAGCCCCAACAGCGCUCCAACCACUUCAAAUGUUUCCACCAGCAGCACCCCCACCAGGACUGUGACCAGCAGCAACAGCGCCACCACAGCCAGCUCUGGGAACUCCGGUGGAAUAGCUUACGACUGGCACCAGGCAGCAUUAGCCAAAACCUUUCAGCACACUCCAUACCAGCUGCUCCCUGAACCGAGCCUCUUCAGCACAGUGCAGCUUUACCGGCAGAACAAUAAACUCUAUGGACCGGUGUUUACAGGGGCCAGCAAGUUUAGGUGUAAGGACUGUAGUGCCGCCUAUGACACCUUGGUUGGUCUGACGGUGCAUAUGAAUGAAACAGGACAUUACAGAGAUGACAAUAAAGAUAAAGAGGAUGACAGAAGCAAGAAGUGGUCCAAACCACGCAAGCGCUCUUUACUAGAAAUGGAAGGCAAAGAAGAUGCCCAAAAAGUAUUGAAAUGCAUGUAUUGCGGCCAUUCGUUUGAGUCAUUGCAAGAUCUCAGUGUUCACAUGAUCAAAACUAAACACUAUCAGAAAGUGCCUCUAAAAGAGCCGAUGCCAGCGCUCACAUCCAAGCUGGUACCUCCAAACAAAAAGAGAGCUUUUCAAGAUCUGCUAUCCCCAAGCUCACCUGAUUCCAUCUCAUCUAGUAUUCCCAGGGGUGAGUCUCCUAAAGACCAAAAACUGUCCAACCCCUAUGUCACCCCCAACAACCGAUAUGGUUACCAAAAUGGUGCCAGUUACACAUGGCAGUUUGAGGCCCGUAAAGCCCAGAUCCUGAAAUGUAUGGAGUGUGGCAGUUCACACGACACCUUACAACAGCUGACUGCCCACAUGAUGGUCACUGGGCACUUUCUGAAAGUUACAAACACAGCAUCCAAGAAGGGAAAGCAGCUGGUCUUCGAUCCAGUGAUUGAAGAAAAAAUUCAAUCAAUUCCUCUUCCACCAACAACAACAAGGCUUCCAGCUCCGAAUGAGAAGUCUCCGCUAGGCUCUCCUCUGGAGCCUGAAAGUCCUGAAGAUACAAUGGAAGAUGACCAAGAGGAAGAAGAACCGAUGGAAAUGAAAGAACCUGAGAAAAAAAUCAAAGAGGAGAAAGAAGACGUGACAGAAAAGGAGGACAAACCAGAAAAGGCUAAACCAUAUGAGUAUUUAACUGAAGAGGAUCUUGAGGAGGCACCGAAAGGAGGCCUAGACAUCCUCAAGUCGUUGGAGAAUACGGUCUCAAGUGCAAUCAGCAAGGCACAAACAGGCGCUCCAACCUGGGGCGGGUAUCCCAGCAUUCAUGCAGCCUACCAACUACAUGGAUCCAUAAAGUCUACCUUACCCUCAACACAGGUGCAGCCCUUGUUCAGUAACAACAAUUUAAGAGUUUUGUCUUCAGAUUUAGGGAAACUUAUACAGUCCUCAAACAGCCCUUCACCACCUCCAGGUCACAAGAGCAAUGUGUUAGCCAUGGAGGAGCUUGUGGAAAAGGUGACCGGAAAGCCCUCUGUGAAGAAUGAAAGGGAGGAAAGGGCUUUGGACAAACAUGGCAGGUCUGCAAAGUCACCUGUGAUUUCAACAAAAGAAAAACGGAGCUCUCCUAGUCCUGAAAAUCUGUCUAAACCAGCACUGAAAACAGCAUCUGAAUCUGAAUGCAAAGAAGAGCAAACAGACUCAAAGCCACAGGUUAAAACUGAAGUUAGUUCACCAAAAAAAUCUUUGACCAACGGCUGUAGCAACCUGAGCAUCAUCACAGACCACUCUCCAGAGCCACCAGCCGUUAACCCCCUCAGUGCUCUGCAGUCUGUUAUGAACAAUCACCUGGGCAAAGCCUCCAAAGUCAACAAGCCUUUUGUGGAUCCCUUUGCAACAUUAUACAAACUAAAUAACAACUCUGCCCAGAUAAAACAGGUGGAGCCGGUUAGUCUGUAUCCAGAAGAGGACGAUCAGCCUAUUGACUUAACUAAAUCCAAGACCACCAAUGGAUGUUCAGCAAAGAGCACUUCUGCUACUCCAAACAGUAAGCCAGUUUUCAAACCUUUCUCUAAGUCGCCAUCUCCUCUUCGAGAAAAUGCACUCAUGGAUAUAUCCGACAUGGUGAAAAAUUUGACAGGCCGCUUGACACCAAAGUCCACCCCUUCCUCCAUCUCUGAAAAGUCAGACAUUGAUGGGUGUACCUUUGAGGAGGGCCUGGAGGAACUGUCUACGAUCCAAAGACGUAAAGGACACAGUCUGCCCCCAGAGGAGCCGGGUCCCUCUGGGCUUUCUAAAAACAAAGAUCCUUCAUACUCACAUGCUCCACCGCAGCACAGACUCCGCUGGCUCCAGACUCCCCUGGUGUCAAGCGUCUCUGUAUAA